GCACAUUUUUUUCUCAUACACACUCGCACGCAACAACACUCGUGUGUUAACAUCGAAUCACGCGUGCGAUUUCCAAGAAGAAGAAGGAAAGUUGACGCAAUCUCGUGUUGACUGUGUGAUUGCACUUUUGCUUGAAGAUUUUACAAAGCAAUUGAACAGCUAAAUUGACCAAAAUGAAUAAGAACGGCCCACCGCCUCCAUAUGAACCACCACCGACUGCACCGCCUACCUAUUCUCAAAGUGUGGGAGGUGUACCACCUGCCAGUCCUUAUACACCAAUACAAUCGUUUGCAGGAGGUCCAACUAUAGUUACAACAGUUGUACCGGUUGGACCGCAUCCGACACAUAUGAUAUGCCCUCAAUGUGGAACUGAGAUCGAUACAGCAACCAAAACAGAGCCUGGAAUGAUUGCAUAUAUUUCUGGAGUCAUUAUCGCACUACUCGGAUGCUGGUUAGGAUGCUGUCUAAUUCCGUGCUGCAUUGAUGAAUGCAUGGAUGUUCAUCACAGCUGUCCGCAUUGCAAGGCGUACUUAGGUCGCCAUCGAAGAUAAACGAUGUACAGAAAAGUGAAAUUUUAAUCGCUGCAUUUUGACAGAGGGUAUAUAUAAUAUAAGACGAGUAAAAUAAAAACGUAAAGGUAAAAUAUCCAAGCAUGGUAGCUAAAAGUACUGCUGCAGUUAGCAGCACAUAUAGAAUUUCGCAGCUACAUAUCUAUAACAGGGUCGCGGUCGACCGGGAAAGCCGAAAAUAGU